CAAUCACUUCAGAAGGAAAACUACAGUCCCACAGAGCAGUUCAGAAGGAAGAACAUAUAUUCAUCCCACGACUGGAGAUGCCUGGAUUAUAUCAGAAGCUGACAUUUGUGGCAGGGGUGGCCCUGGCAGUCUUGGCCGUGGCGAGGGCUUCCCCAUUGGUGGGACCAGAGCCAAUCCGCUGUGCCCCCUGCACACUGGAGAAACUGAACAGCUGCCCCGCCAUCCCAGCAGACUGCAGGCAGGUGCUCAGGGAGCCGGGCUGCGGCUGCUGCAUGGCCUGUGCCCUGGAGACAGGGGCGUCCUGCGGAGUUUACACAGCCCACUGUGGUGAGGGUCUCCGCUGCACUCCCAGGCCUGGCGAGGUCAGACCUCUCCACGCUCUGACCAGGGGACAGGGGGUCUGCACCGAAGACUUGGGCCACGAGGAAACUGAAGGAGUCCCUGACCAUGGCUCCCUGCACUACCUGUUGGGUCUCAACCUUCCCUUGGACCACCAAGACCCCGCUGAGGGCCACGAGAGCAUCAAGGCCAAGGUCAACGCCAUCCGCAACAAACUGGUACAACAGGGACCCUGUCACGUUGAACUCCACACAGCACUGGACAUGAUAGCCAGCUCUCAGCAGCAACUAGGAGAGAAGUUCACAACUUUCUACCUCCCCAACUGUGACAAGUACGGCUUCUACAAGGCCAAGCAGUGCGAGUCAUCUCUGGUCGGGCCGCCCGCUCGCUGCUGGUGCGUCUCUUCCUGGAAUGGGAAGAAGAUCCCGGGAUCGAGUGACCUGCCCGGUGACUCCGAGUGUCAUCAGGAAGUCACACACUGAGGGAUUGACGUUUUAAUCAAGAGCACACUCACCCAGAUGCAUGUGCAAACACAUACAGAUAGAAGCAAGAAUGUAUUAUCGACAUGCAACCACCUGGUGAACUGACUUUCUUUGACAAAAACACAUUUACUCAUUUUAUUUACAUCAUGUAUGCAUCGAGACUUAUUUAUUCCUUACUUGUAUAUUCUUCCUUGUAUCAACCAUUUGUCAUUUUUAGAUUUUUAUAUGUUUGCCUAUUUUUAUUUUAUUUUUUUCAAUUGUAAAUAGGGCAACACUGUAUACAUUUGUGUUUCGGACUAAAUAACUCCAUUGCUCAAAACCACAGGUCCGCAGCUAUGCCAAGCCCAUUUCAGAGUCUUCAGGAUCAGGGUAUUUUCUUUCUUUUUUUCCUUCAUUCAUUCAAAACUGGGGCUGUGCGUGGCACGAAACCAUACAGCCGCUCAUUCAUUCAACAUGUUGACAUUGUCUGAAUGUAUCUCCUUUGGCGUUUCCUCAAUGGGUAUUGGGGGAAAUACUUAAGUGCCGCAAUUAUGUGGACAGCGGUCAAGCACAAACAUAUCAGGGUUCGUCCAAACCACCCCGAGGUUUGGGAUGGAUUCCUCUGCAUUUGUCUACCUCGACUCGUCUCUGCAGGUCCAUGGGUUUAGUAGGUUUAAUGCUGAAUUUUUCUACUCAGCUACAAAUUUCUCACCUUUUUAUUUGUCUAGAGGGUCACUGUGGUCAUCAAGGGUCAUUUUUUUUGUUGGGAGGGGGGCAGAGUUUUGCCUCUAUUUGAGUAUUUAUUAUUAUUCACGUGUUUAUGCUUUUGUUUGCCGUCAAGGUCAUGUAUAGUGGACCACAUUAUUUGUUAAUGCUGUUUGCCAGGAAUGCUGCUAUUCUAUUAUUGGUUUUGUUAAAACAAUGCAUAUAGUCUUCCUGUCCUUUGAAUGUGCAUCCAAAUAAAUAUGAUAUUGUUUUAUCAUAA